AUGUGCUUGAUCCUUGUUUGCGUGUUUCGCACUUUCACGGUCAUCCCCGUGCAACGCGUAUCAUCGUUCUUCUUCUGUAGUUCAUCUGAGGUGUCUGGCCCUUCUAAGCUUUCUAAAGAGCACAAAGCUCUUCUUCUGGACUAUCUUGGGAUUGACAGGGACCUUGCCUUUCUGGAAUCAUCUGGGUUAUGCUCAUCAUACCAGAAGUUUAAGGCUAUCGUAGAUUCUACUCCUAAAGUUAUGAGCUUGGGCAAGGAUGAAGAGUGGAAGGCACAGUUUGAUGGUGCAGCUGUCUGGGUCCCCAACCUUGUCACAUUCAUUGAAAUCUUCAUCGCCAAGUCCCAGUUCUAUCAGUUUGGGAGGCCACUUUUUCUACGAGCACAGGAAUAUCUUGAGAUGCGAGACUGGCUUGAUGAGGCAGAGGAUUGCCUUUCCACUAAAGAUUUGUGGGAGAUAAAGGUGGUGCAGAGAAAGCACAAGAAGGUUAAACAGGCAAGGGAUUCAGAGGAGGAGGAGGAGGAGGAAGCUUCUGAUGUGGUUUGA